GUAAAUAAAUGCCUUCAACGGACUGUCUCCGAGCUCACCUGCGUUUAUACAUUCGUUAGAGAAAGUCUGAAGACCGUUUGCGAGACCUCCACUGGUCGCGGUUUGAGUUUGCCAAGAAAGUUCAGCAAUAAGAAUGUCCUUGCCCGUAUUGUUCGAAAACGGUUCCACGGUGACCUAUGCCGGGUUCGCGGGAGAUGACACCCCUAGAGUCUCCUUCCCAACGGUCGUUGGAAGGCCAAAACAUCAGAGUUUUUCGGUUGGCGUGGGAAAAAAGAAUAGCUACGUUGGAGAUGCAGCCCUGAGUAAGAGAGGUAUCCUGACCCUCAACUACCCCAUUGAGCACGGUAUUGUCACUAACUGGGACGAUAUGGAGAUGGUCUGGCAUCACACCUUCUACAACGAGCUGCGAGUGGCACCAGAGGAGCACCCUGUGUUGCUGACUGAAACUCCCCUGAACCCCAGAGCUAACAGGGAGAAGGCGACAGAGAUAAUGUUUGAGACCUUCAACAUACCCGCCCUUUUCGUGGCUAGUAAGCCGAAGCUGGCCCUGUACGCCUCCAAUCGCUCCACCGGCGUCGUGGUCCAUGUUGGUGGCGGCGUGGCUUACAUUGUUCCCAUCCUGGAAGGUUAUCCGCUGCCCAGUGUCACCCGUCGUUGCGAUAUCGGUGGCCGAGACCUGACCGAUCACUUGGCGAAGAUGCUCACCGAACGCGGUUACGACUUCAACAUUGCCACUCAGCGAGACAUCUUGCGAGACAUUAAGGAGAAGCUGUGCUACGUUGCUCUGAACUUCGAGCAGGAGAUGCAGACUGCUGCCUCCAGUUCGUCCUUGGAGAGGGGCUACGAGCUCCCCGACGGUCAGGUCAUCACCAUCGGCAACGAGCGCUUCCGUUGCCCCGAGGCCCUCUUCCAGCCGGCCCUCCUCGGCAGAGAUGAGCCGGGAAUCCAGGAAGUGACAACCACGAGCAUCACUGGGUGCGAGCGGGAAUUUCGGCAUGAUAUGUAUAAAAACAUCGUUCUUGCCGGUAGUUCCACCAUGUUCCCCGGGAUCGGUGACAGGAUGCAGAGGGAAAUCGUGGCCCGUGCCCCGCCCACCAUGAAGGUCAACGUCAUUGCUCCCCCAGAGAGGAAGUACCUCGUAUGGAUCGGUGGCUCUAUCAUUGCCUCUCUGUCCUCCUUCCAAGAGUCAUGCAUUACAAAGGAGGAUUACGAGGAGUCUGGCCCAAGUGUCAUUAACACACAAAAUUAUCAUUUCUGAAUGGAACUACGACACACUAAGCCUUAACACACUCAUCAUGACAGGGUUUAAUUACAUAAUCACUUUUGACCUUUCAAUUGGUGUAUUUGGGGAGUUGAAUAACGUAGGUGUGCCUCAUUCAUUAUUCUCAAUCAUUAUUUUGUUGAAGCAGUUGCGGAAGGCUCUUAAAGUCUCGUUAUCGUCUGAACAGUUUAUUUCAGGUUAUAUUUGCGGGAAUUACAAGAGAAGUGUGCUUUCAACCGCGUCGCAGUUCCUGUCUAUAUUGAGAAUCAAAGGUUUUACCAUUUCAGUUUUGAUAGUUCAAUAAAGUGGUUGAAGGUUAGUAAGAUAUUAUUGAUUUGUGAAACAUAGAAUAACAAAAGGCUCGAGCGCCAAAAACAUAUAGUUGAUUGCUCCCUUCCAAAUGAAGCCCAGUUACGCCACUGACCACAGCAUUACUGUAGGUCAUAAUCUCUGUAACAAAUGAAAUAUUUUCUCCACUUUCUAGGUCGAGAUCGUUGACACCGUCGAAAGGGAGAGUAUUAGUUCCUAUUACAUCCAAAAUAAAACUUAGAACUCUGCUGGUAAUAACAUAAUGUACAAAAAUUAUUCCUUUAUCCCUUAAUUUAUGUAUCACAUAUUCAAAUGCAUUUCCGAAGCCUAAUAUUUUUUGUGUGUAAUUUUUAGGAUGAAAAUGGUUGUUGCUGAUAAGGUAA